UAAGGCGGAAGGCGCCGUUGCCUAGCAACCCGGGAGCCAAACAAGCGCGAGCAGUUUCAGUUUGGCGCUAACCUGUUAGCAUAUUAGCUCGUUAAUUAAACUUUUAAAAACAAAUUAAACUUGACCUUAUCCAUGCUGAUAGUCAUUUAAUACAUAGACCUGUUUAAUUUCGACGUAGUGAUGGCAGGCAAGAAGAAAGAAGCAACUCUUCAGGCGUCUGUCACAAACCAAGAGCAGUGGGAGGAGAUGCUUUCAACCAAAGGUUUAACAGUUGUGGACGUGUACCAGCAGUGGUGUGGUCCCUGUCGAGCUGUGGUUAGCCUCCUACGAAAAAUAAAGAAUGAACUGGGUGAUGACCUAUUACAUUUUGCCACAGCCGAGGCAGACAGUAUUGAUGCUCUGGAGAAGUACCGAGGGAAAUGUGAGCCCACCUUUCUUUUCUAUGGGGGCGGGGAGCUGGUGGCUGUGCUGCGAGGCGCCAACGCUCCUCUUCUUCAGAAGAUGAUUGUAGAGGAGCUGGCCAAGGAGAAGUCUGUCCUGGAGCAAAGUGGUGAACGCAAAGUGGUUAAAGAUGACGGUCUGGUGAAUGAUGAGAAGAAAGAUGAGGAGGAGACAUCUCAGAAGGCAGAAAAUGAAGAAAGCAUAAUUGUUCCUGCGAGUAAAUACUACACAGUUGCUAUCAUCAAACCAGAUGCUGUUGCUCACGGCAAGGCAAAUGAGAUCAUUAUGAAGAUUCAAGACGCUGGGUUUGAGAUCCUGGCUCACGAGGAACGCACGCUGACUGAGACAGAGGCUCGAGAUUUUUACCAGCACAAAGCAGCAGAGGCUUGCUUUGAGGACUUGGUGCAGUUCAUGUCCAGUGGUCCGUCCCAUGUCCUGGUGCUCUCUCAGGUUGAGGGCUCAGCCAACGUUGUACCAGCAUGGCGUGAGUUCAUUGGCCCAGCAGACAUAGAAGAAGCCAGGAGAGAAAAGCCAGAAAGCUUGCGGGCACAAUACGGCACACAGACACUGUUCAACGCAGUGCACGGCAGUGAGGACAUCGACCAGGCCAGCAGGGAGCUCGCCUUCUUCUUCCCUAACUUUAGGACGGCCUCGGUAACGGAGCAGGAUGGGGAGGAAGAGCGUGUGGAGAGGACACUGGCUCUUAUCCGGCCUGAUAUUGCCAGAGAGAACAGAGAAAAGAUUCUGGCUCAAAUCCACGAGUCAGGCUUCACUUUAGCUCUCCAAAGAGAGGUGAUGUUGACAGAGGAGCAAGUCAGACAGUUUUACUUCCAGCAUGUCGAGAUGGAUUACUUUCCAGCACUGCUCCGGAGCAUGACCAGUGGGCCAGUGCUAGCUUUGGCUCUAGCCAGAACAGGGGCUGUCCAGCACUGGAAAAACAUCCUUGGUCCUUCUGAUGUCAAUAAAGCCAAAGAGGAGAGUCCUGAGUGUCUAAGGGCCCGGUUUGCUGUGGAGAAUGAGCCCAUCAACCAGCUGCAUGGCAGUGCAAGCCACAAAGAGGCGGAACGAGAGAUCAACUUCUUCUUCCCUAAACAGCAAACACUGGCAGUGAUCAAACCUGACGCCAUGGAGGAACACAGAGAGAGGAUUUUGGAGGAGAUCAGUGGCAGCGGUUUCUCUGUAACGCAGCUAAAGGAGAUGGUACUGUCUAGGGAGAUGGCUGAGGAGUUUUACAAAGAGCACAGAGAGAAGCCUUUCUUCAGCCAGCUGGUGGAAUUCAUGUGUCGCGGGCCCUGCAUGAUGCUCAUCCUCACCAAGGAGAAUGCAGUGGAGGAGUGGAGGGCCAUGAUGGGACCCACAGACCCAGAGCAAGCCAAGGCCACAUGCCCAAACUCUCUGAGGGCCCGCUUUGCUUCCGACAUCCUCCAGAACUCGGUCCACGGCUCCUCCAAUGAGCAGCAUGCGGAGGAGAAGAUCAGUUUUAUCUUCGGUGAUAUCUCUUCCGAUGCAGAGACCAUUGGAAGAGAUACCAGUGGUACAGAGACUGACAUGACCAUUUCAGCAAAAGAGCAAGACUGUUCUGCGGAUGAAAUAGCAGGAUUCUCUGGGUCUCCAACUGAAAGCAUUGCCAAUAACUAUCACCAACAAGAUGAAGGUGACCCACAUAAUUCGAAUCCUUGCAGUCCACAAACAGGAGGAGACGCUGAUCCAGAGCACUCAAACUGAAUCAAUCACCACACUUUGUAGUUUCUUAUGUUAUUUUGUAACAUUAUGGGGAAGAAAACACCAUUUCUGUCUGAUCCUACACAUCCUAUAGACGUGUAAAUGACGGGUCGAUAGCAAAGUGACCACAUGUUCCAGAUAAAGAGAGUACUUGUAGACGGGUCAAAGCAUGGAUUGCCAACAAUAAAUAGUCUUGAUCAACGGUAACUGCUAUCAUGCUGUAACAAUACAAAUAAGAGUGAUUAGGACCGGAUAUUUUUCCUUAGUAUUGACGUUUGAAGUUUUUAAGCUUAAUAAUGAAGGACAGCUCACUCUAACUAGCUCUGACUGUUUGAAUGUUGAGAAUAAAAAUGAUGCUUGCUGGUGGAUCGAUUGGGAGAUUUAUUUUUUUUUCUUUCCCAGGUAAAACCGGAUAAUCUGAACAUUAUUUCCUGUAACCAUAGUA